AUGAAUUUGAGAAUUUUCAGGGUUUUCAUCGGCGGAGCAACCAAAGAAGGAGCAAAGAAACCUAGAUGCAUUGUUUUCGUGUUAGUUUUUCACAGAACAAUUGUUUUUCACUCCGACAAACCGUUACAGAUGUUUCUCCACUUUGCCGUCGCCGUCACCACACAGCGGAAAGAUGAGGAAAAUGUCGCGCUAAUUCAAAGAUGAACGAAAUCCGUUUCUCUCCGCUCAUAUUUCUUUUUAGAAGAGGAGCGGAUCUUUUGUAAGCGAACACCACCAACAAUCUUUAAACCCUUAAGGCUUUUGUCCCAAAUUUUUAUUAUUCGCGUAGAAGGACGAACGUAGCACUGCAGCAGGUUGUUGACUGCUGAGCAUCAAAAUUUGGUGUUUUCUCGAACACGCAUCACUUUGUUGUCCCGCCCCCCCCACACAAAGUUUGAUGAGCUCAGAGCUCUUCUAAAAGGCUUCAGAAAGGUUGGCCGAAUUUUUGUACCAGAAGGAAGCCGUAUCAGCGAAAGUGCUGCGAUCGAGGUUUGAUGUGAUUGUGACAUCAUCUUAGAGCUUCUCAAAUGAGGAUAGGAGCUUUCCCCUUGGUUUUUUCGAUUCUUUCAAACUAGAUCCCAACUAGAAAAAUUUGAGUUUUUGAAAUCGACAUGAUAAAUAUCAGGACUAAUGCAGAUAUAUACUUGGGCUUUGGUUGCGAAGCAUUUUUUUUAAAGUUCCCAAGUCUCCAGUAGAUUCCACGCUUCGAAUGGACAUAAAUCACAGCGGAAACUUCCGAGUCUUUUGAGUUUUGAUCAUGCAAUUCCUCAUUUAGCACUUCCACCUCGAUCUUGUUCUCCUGAAAUCGCGUGCUUCUAUUGUCUUCCCUCACCUUUUGUGGCUCUUUUCCUCUUCCGCUCCACACUUUUCGUUCUCUAUUUCCCUGAACUUUGUGCUCCGCUCUUCCUUUGUUCUCACUUGUCCACAUUUCCAAAUUUGAUUUUGAAACAAUCUCUGUGACGGUCGUUCUGCGAAACGCGAAAAAGACUGUGAAUAUCUUCUAAUCUCAUGUGUGUGCUCAAAACUCAAAUUUAGUUCGGAAUUCAAUCCGAUUUCCGUUUUCAACCCUUCUGCUCGGCUGAGCAUUCUCGUGCGCGGACCUUUGACGCCUUCUUCCUUCCUCUACGUUUUUUCGGGAAAAAAGUCUGAACUGAAAGUGCUCGAGACGUUUUUCGAGUAACCGGGGGUGGGAUUACUGCCGGGAUUAAUAUAAUGUUAGAGGGGUUGAACUACCAAACAUCAACGUGGGAAUUGUCUGCGGAGAUGUAAGUGCUCCCCCUCUCGAUCAGAAAUCAGUUAGCUCUUGCAUUCGUCAGACUUUCACAGUUCUGAAAGAUUUUUGGAAGGUAGUGUAUUCAUUUUUGCAAGUUCCAAUGCCGAAGUUCCCUCCCACAACUCCCACCACUGCUAUUUUCUUCUUCUUCUUCGGCUGAAGUUCACGUUCAGCUUUCGUCUUUUGUCUCGAGAAUUUCAAUAAUUCACCCGCUACGUAGACCACCCCCAAAAUACGAACCACGCAUUUCGCUCGUUACGCGCUUUGUUUAUAGCUUUCAGAAGCUCGCAGUGCUUUUUCAGCACAAUUUUUUCGUCAAUGUUUGGGAACUUUACUAACUGCCGCAUGUCAACCCCAUCAUCAUCUUGAUGUUUGUGCACGGAAGUCCAUCAGUCUUAUAUCAUCUUCAUCAGAAGUGGUGCAAGGUUAAGGGGAAGAGGAUAAAGUAUUCUCUGAUCUUUUGCAAGUUUGUUUACAUUUACAUGCACUUUUUCUUGACAAGAAAUUAUGGAUGAUCUGUUUGUAUGAUCGAGAAAUUGUUCCAUAACAUCCGCCAUAAUUUAUGCUCCGUUCCGUUCGGACAGUUCUAAGAUGUAAGCAAAUUUUCAAAACUGAAUGUUCUGUCUUUCAUCUUUGACCUUACGCUCUUCUUUUCAAGUAUUCACCCGUGUGCUCCGUCUUCCUUCUUCCUAAUGUCCAAUCUUCUUGGCCUGUCCUCCUCCCUUCUCUCCCUGUAGCUGCCUUCUUCCUGAAAGAAUUUCCUAAUCCCAAAAUUGCUCUGAUCGUUUCGUUUGAUUACACACACACACGUCUCUUCUAUGUUUUUUUCGUGAAAACACCUUCCGUUCUCAGACAUUCUCUCAAGAAUUUCAGACUUAUAUCAGAGACCGCUCCACUAGAAUCGUUCAAUGAAAUGGCGUCGAAUCGUGCUAUUCUCUGGGUGAGUUUUUUUAAUAGUUAGUGAUAAUCUUUUACAAGAUAUUUAUAUUGAGCCCAGUUUAAAAAAACACGCUUAAUCCUAGGACUAUAGAUUAACAAAAGAAUGUUGCGGCUAAUUUUGUGAUCAUUGCACAAAGACAAAAGCAUCUUCAAAAAGUUUGGACCUGAUUUUUUGGCCUUGUCUUGUCUUUGCGUUUCGUAAUUUGAUGCCAUUCUUUCUUCGGCCAAGAGUGCCUGCCUGAUGAGGUGAAAGCUCAAAACAAAGAGGUCAAAACCAGGGUGUGGGAUUAGAACGAAUGUAGUUCCUCGGAAACGUCAAGAUCCGUCUAGAAUGUAAAACUAGAAGAUCUUUGUGGGUCGUCAUUCGGAAAUUUUCUUAAAGACGGCCUAAAGAAAACCGACGGAACAAAAACCCGACAAAUAUUUUGUGUGGUAACAAGAUGAGGCCAAUCAGGGGACAGGAAAAACUAUAAGGUUAGAACGUAGAGUUCUAUCUACGAGGAAAAGAUUUGUUCAACUCUUCCUCUCAUUUCUCUUUUAGCUUCGUCACUCGCAUUUCUAUAUUCAUUUCCAUUCAUUUCCUCCCAAAUUUAGUAUUGCCAACACCAGGUGAUUUUCCGAUUCUGUGACCCUUUACAUUCCUCUAUUAUUCAUUCGUACCUAUAAUCAGAAGUCCACAAUGUUUUCACGUGUACACUGUUUGAUGUAUACUUCUCAGUUUUGAAGGCACUUUUUGUACUUUCUGUGUGCUUUGUGUGUGUGUGUAUGUAUGUGACGUGCGAUGAGCUCAAGCAAUUAGGCUACUCACGAAGGAGGAGCUCGUAGAUGACCAGACUGCUUUGUACUCGUUUUCGCAACAUAUAAUACAAAAUGUUUAAAUCUUUGACAUUUCAAAACGGUAGAGUUUUCAAAGAAUUAAUCAGGAAGUCGUAUGGUAGCAUUUUUACGGAACUUUGUGUUAAAUCUAAGACACGAUAAAUAGAUGCAAUUUUGCUGGCGACCUCCGUAACGCGAGAGAAAACCUUAUCUGGCGCUUCAAAAAUCGUUUCAAUCAUAUUCAGAAAGGUCAAAUUGACCCCCAACUCACUUCUAUUUCGGAACUUUACUCAAAUAGAUGAAAAACAGAACUAUAGCCAGGAUGGAAGUUUUUUUUCCGAUUUCCUAAUACCCCAGCCACUGCAGCAGCUUAAUUUCUAGUCAAUUUCACAUGCUGAUGUGUUGUCUUCUUUCAGUGAAUGAAGGGAAUGCAAAUUGAGUUCUCCCUUUCAAAAAGUUCAACCACUCCUUCAAAACAAACCCCCCCCCCCCCAAACCGCGGGCGCUCAUCAACAUUGUCUUAUCCGGAGAUUCUCGGGCACCCAUAUCUUUUGGAGUGGAAAAAAUGAACAUCAACCACCUGAACACAACACUACUUAUAUGCACACACUCACGAAAAUCAUUAUCUCUCUCUUUUAACACAUUUUUAGUAUGUGUGUGAGAAAAUCGCCUUUAUUCUGGAAAUUCAGAUUCACUCAAUGUGUGAAAUGAAAAAUCAAAACAUCGGUAGAAUAUGAUGGAGACAUGUUCCUGCUUGUGUGAAACAAAUGAAUGCAUAUUGUAGCCGAGCAGUCUAUCCGCUUUGCUCAGCAAAAUCCCCCUGCUUAAAGAGAAACUGAACGAGCAGUGUGUUCUGUGCUGAAUUCGAUCAAUUCAAGUGACUUCAGGACUGAACGAAAAAUCAUAUGCGUUGUCUUACAUAUGUAUUCUUGAUUCACUAAGUUCACAUGAUCUGGAACUCUAUACAUUUUAAGUAAAGUGACACCUAAAUUCUUCAAGCGCACCAAUUUCUAGACGAUUUCUUAGUUUGCAAAUGACGAGUUGCCUUUGCACUUAUAUUAUAGUUAAGCCCUUUCCUAGCUAUAUACACAACUCGUGAUUUUUCCCUUAGGGGUUCCAGCACUUUGUAGAUCUGUGAACAGACUGCUAGACAUCGCUUCACUGAUUUCAGUCAAACUUUGAACAAAAAGGAUUUCCUAAAGACCAAAUUACCAAUUUAUCAUUCUCUAGUUGGGAAUCAUUUUCACACUGAAGUGAUCUUUAAGCAAACAAACUUACUCUCUGGCUACUUUCUUCUUCAUUCGUACGAAAAUAUUGACACUUUCCGGAAUAGACUCACAGCUAACCAAAAUAGAGAGAAGUAAGAAAAAAACAGGGCCAAACAAGUUUUCAAAAUACGAUGGCCUCUGAUGAAAGAAAAAGAGCAAUAUCGCACUUCCUCAUUCCGAAAGCUACAAUAGCGACUUCGGAAAAGCUGGAUCUCUGGUUCCAGUUUGAAAAGAAAUAACUCUUUUUGUUUCGACUAUGUUCACUAACUUCAAAACACCCCCUCUCACUUUUCACUUCCUUCUUCGGUGAUUUGGAUGGGGAGGAGGGCGUCACACACUCUUUAUAUAAUUCCCUGAAUUUUCGAUUAUUCUUCUUCUAUGGCUAUAGCUUCUUGCCGUUCUAUUUAUACGUCGGUUGGCAUCAAAAGUUAGGAUCUAAGUUCAAACACCAAUUCUUCAUGCCGACCACUGUAUUCCCUAUAGAUUUUCGUUCUUUACCUUUCAUAUGAAUCACCUUUUCCUUUUCCCAAUUAGCAUCUUCUGCUGUUGAUCGGUCACAAAGUUCGAUGCGCAUCUCACUAGACCACUUGUUAUUCAGCACCCCUUCAUCCUUCUGGAGCUGGAGACACCAUCAUAAAAAGAUGAAAAUACAGAAUUUUAAAUCGCAUCUUCCUCACUGCCUUCUUCUCUCCCUUCUUCAUCAGAUCUAUUGUUCAAGUAUUCAGGCAGGAACUAGGAAUCCCAAGAUCAAAGAUUCCGAAUUUUCAAGUUUCGAAGCUCAUCUGGAAAACAUGUUCAACUGAAAAUGAGAAAACUGAAAAAGAUUCGCUUUUUUACAAGCGUCCCAUUCCCAUUCUAAUUAAUCGACCCCUUCCUUCUUCUUAUUUUCUUCAUUUUUCUUCGUUUUUGCUGCACGGCGCAUAGAUUGAAAUGAGAAAAGUGGCUAAUUGAUUUGUUCCAUGCUGAGAUUACAGAUUUCCUUUUUUUUGUAAACACUCCCAUGCUCCUUCCCUUCUCUCCUCUAAAAAAUCCUGUUCUGGCUCUAAAAUCCCAAAUUAUCUAUAGUCUCUAUCCUUCUGCUUCCGCAUUUAUUCACGUGAUUCUUGGCCCGAUGCCAAGAAGGAUAUCCGUAGUUUUCGGAUGAAACACUUUCUGAUUGGGAGAAGAUAUUUCCGGUUCAAAGUAUUUGUACGUUAUCUUCACAUCAUUGGACUCGCAUCAAAAAACAUUCUGGAAUUUAUUCGAGAACACGGAAGGAAAUAUCAUUGUAUCAUGUUUAUUUUAGUAGAACGAUUUAUUACAAGCUCAAACUAAAAAAAAAACAGAAAACAUCUGAAGUGUGAAAUUCGUCCGUACACACCUACACCAUUCCAUUCUCUGUUUUCCAUCGCACAAAUCUAUGCGCCAGACGCUCCUUAUGCACUUUUUGUUAUGAGGGUUCCGGUUUUUUUUAAGUGAGUUCCCAGCCUGCUCAAUUGUUGAACCUCCCCUCCUUUCCGAAUGUUCGAGUAAGUGAAAAUAUAACGGAAGCUUCCAGGCUUUUAAGAUAAUAAAAAAUAUAGGUUGGUCUGAGAGCAUGUGUACGUGUGCCUACAAUCUUUUUACGAUAUAAGUGGAAGCACUCACACUCAAUAGUCGUGGUUCUGAAAAUGCAAGGGCACUUGGCGCGUGGAUAAUGUCAGGACUGACCCGAUCGUUUAACUUAAACUUUAGAAACUCAUUUGUAUAACCUCCUCAUAUUACAAUAGAGCGCGCUUGCAAACAAUUCUUUCAUAUCCUCUCAGGAUCUUUGACUUUUCCUCCUCUUAUCCACCAAACUACUCACACAUCGCACCGCUGCGAACACGUUUUUCUGACUAGCACCGUCGCUCUUUGUGGAGUUUUUGGGGAGACAAAUACAAAUAUCAGAGAAGAGAGUUUAGCCACCUAACCCCCAAAACUUCAAUGUUUUGUCGCUACAGGCAUAUGUUCUGUACACGUACUUCAAGUCGUUCUAGAUUUUUUGAGGUCUUCCCAGCUUCUCAGCCCGCCCGUAGCUACUAAGAACUAUUCUAUUAUCCAAUCUUCUAACCGCCCUACUUCCCCUGCCCCUAACAAGUUCAAUUAGUCAGUGCAAGAGCCAACGGACAAACCCUUUCAUAGAUAAUUAACUUUCUUAAUUUUUCGCAUUACAACACCUAUCAGAAAAGAUCAGUUUACCUACUUCAAAAAAUGCGACGUGUUCUUUGUUCCCUCAGCUUGUUUUUUUUUUCGAUUUUCUUUUGCUUCUAAAUAUAGUCAGAAUUGAGCAAAAAUCCAAAUGACCUCUGUCCGCUUGUCUUUAUCGCGCUUUUAAUUAGCUAAAUCAGCAGACAAAUUCCAUCCCAUAGACAGCUGAUUUGUUCGGAGAAAAGGUAUGAAGUAAUAGAAUGAGCCUAAUACUAGACAUUUCACAACCAGACCUACGUUGGUUGCGAAAUGGCCGGGGGCAUACUUCGAUAAGAUAUUGUAGGAUAUCAUUAACGCACAGACAUGUUUUCUGACUGCUCAAGUCACAAGAUUGUAAAUCAUAUACCCUUUCGAAUUGUCUUGUAUUCUUUGAUCAGCGCUCUACCCUUCUGCCUAAUAUUUGUCUCUAGAAUUCAUUGACUCAGUUUUAGUUCAUUCUUCCCGUUGCUAUUUCUCCUCCACAUGUAUCAGUAUUACUCAUUUUCAGGCUGGCAUGUCAUUAGACGAUGAGAUCGAAAAGUGUCAAGAGAUCGAGUUCACACAUGCUCAGUUCCUCUUCCGAUCAUACCUGUUUCCUUUCGUCUAUCUCUUCGGUAUAAUUUCGAACACUAUCAACAUUUGCGUCUUUUCGCAGAAAUCGGUGAUUUUUUUUCAAACAUAAACGACAUCAUACGCCACUAUUUCAGAUGCGAAACCAGCCGGUAAACUGGUUCUUCUUGGCGCUCUCCUGUUCGGAUCUCCUCACUCUCGUCGCCUCUUUCUUCGUCUUUUCCGUCCCUGUCUAUGCUGAGUCGUCUCGCGACCCCGGGUAUAUUCAUUGGUCCGUCCAGCUUAUAGUAUGGUUCUAUCCUCUGGCGCAGACCGGUCUGACAAUGUCCGUGUAUGUCACUAUUCUAGUGUCAGUGCACAGAUAUCUCGGAGUUUGCCAUCCGUUCUUGGUAAGUUUGACGUUUUUUUCCCCGAGUCGAAAAUUCUUCUUUGCAGAUCCGUCGAAUUUCGAAUUCUACGGCCGUGAAAGCUGUAAUAGUAGCAUCUGUUAUUUUUGCAUUUAUUUUCAACACAAGCCGUUGGUUUGAGCUACACGCUCAGCCAUGCUUCUACGAUUUUGAGGCUCAUACGUAAGUGUUCAGAAGGUUUUUAGAAACAUACACAACUUUUCUAAUUCAGAAACUCAUCAGUUGUCUACCCGACAACUUUGAUGAUGAACAGCGUGUACACACUAAUCUUCCGCAAUGCCGCCUACACAAUCGUCAUGUUCUUCUUGCCGUUUGCAGUGCUAACUUAUGUGAAUCUGAGGAUCAUUGCCACACUUCAGCAGUCUUAUAAGUGAGUGGGGCCCGAAUCGGAAUACGUUAAUUAUGUCGCCUCUAACCUACUUUCUAUAAAUAUUUCCAGACUGCGAAAAGAAAUGACAGUAUGCAACCGGACGAAGCGCUCCGAUUCGACAGUGCCCACCGACACAAUAGUCACUAAAAUAGAUGGGUACUCGGCGGUGAUCCCGUUGGAAGCAGCUGCAAGUGGAAUAAUGAUGGGGAAUAAUGAGGGAAGCGGUACUAAAGCUGAAAAAAAAGAGAACGGAGUAACGAUAAUGCUCGUGGCAAUCACCACCGAAUUCCUCCUUUUCAAUUUGAUCGCCUUUGCCAAUAAUAUUAUCGAACUUUCGAAUAUUCGCUUCUUCCAAGACAUUGAAACGCUUCUCGUAGAGGUGGGUCAAACACUUAUUGUUCGAUCACAAUCUCCGCUUUUCAGCUUUCAACUUUUCUAGUCAACGUGAACGGAGCUUCAACAAUCGUGAUUUACCUGAUAUUCGGCAGCAAGUAUCGUGCUGUUUUCAUUCGUCUCAUGAAGAAAUAUCUGGGCAUUAAUUUAUGCGAGACUCCGAAAGGACGGGCAAUGUACUCGCAGGCACACUUCGAGACCACUCAGUUGUUGGAGAACAACUCGCGGUUGGAUUUGAAUAGGAACAAAGUGAGUGCGCAUCUGUUUCUCUCCGCUUUAACGUAAUACCUGAACUUAUCUGAGCCGAUCCAGACAUGGUUAUUCAUUGAGUUACAGUAAUAUUUCAGCAAACCAGCGUAAUUCGCCGCUCCGACAUGGCUUCCAUUCGCUCAUCGAGUCGUAGACCAACCGCCACCAAAUAA